AUGACCAUGGAAAGGAGGAUAAAGUUAAAAACUUUAAACAGUCACAUUACUUGUAAGAUUUGCCGCGGAUACUUCAUCGAUGCUACUACGGUCACCGAGUGUCUUCAUACGUUUUGUAAAAGCUGCCUUGUGAAGCAUCUAGAGGAAAAUAAUACAUGUCCAACAUGCAACAUAGUGAUACACCAAUCACAUCCACUUCAGUACAUCAGUUUCGAUCGCACCAUGCAGGACAUUGUAUACAAACUAGUACCAGACCUACAGGAUAAUGAAAUUAAGAGAGAGCGAGACUUUUACCGUGCAAGAGGUUUACCAUGUCCUAAGGAUGCUGCUCUAGCUGCAGACAAACCUGGUGCAGGAGAUGAGCCAGAACAGCAAGAUAAUAGUGAUUGCCACAGGAAAGAUGAACAGGUGAAUGUAUGUUUGGAGUGCAUAUCAACAUCACUGAGAACACUAAAGCGUGGUUUUAUCAGAUGUUCAGCGCAGGCAACUAUCACACACCUUAAGAAAUUCAUAGCUAAGAAAAUACUAAACGGUAUUGAGAAAUAUAGAGAAAUUGACAUUUUAUGUAAUGACGAAUUACUAGGUAAGGACCACACAUUGAAAUUUGUUUACGUCACUAGGUGGAGGUUCCGAGAUCCACCACUUCGCUUACAGUAUAGGCCCAAAAUAGAUAUAUAG